UUGCUUGGAUUUGGGAAUACCUAACGACGAUCAAGCUUUGUUUUAUUAAAAGGACUCUCGGUGCUCGCGCUCAGUGCUCGCGCUGUUUGGGUUUGGAAGUCGCGCGCUGGCUCGUGCAGGACGAUGAGACUUGAAACCGUUUUCAAACUUCUACAGUGCGUGCUGUUUUUACAUCUUAACACAAAGCACGCUCAAACAGUUCUCCCCCCAGAGUGUGCACCAGGAGGUCACUCCAUCCUCCAGAACCCCUACCGCAGCACCACCUUCAGCUCCAGCUGGCUGCAGCAGUCGGCCCUGCAGGACUUCAUCUGCGACCACUCCCUCGCUCCGGGAUGGUACCAGUUUCAGAUUUUUGACAAGCCGGCGAGCAUGCCCACCCAGUGUGUGGAGGUGAACCACUGUGGGACCCAGGCUCCUGUGUGGCUGUCCCUAGGUGAGGGUGAGUCCCUACCGGGGCCUCUAGAGGUCCGGCAGCUGACGGCCUGCGCAGCCUGGCAGCUCUACCCGAGCAACAGCAAAGACUGCUGCAUGUUCCGCAUCCCAGUCACCGUCCGAAACUGCGGAGAUUUCUACGUGUACCUGCUCCAGCCGACGCAGGGAUGCAUGGGUUACUGUGCACAAGAGAUGUCAGACCUGGCACCCACGACGUCACCGCCCUGCGGCCCCGAUGAGGUUGACGUGGAUGGAACCUGUAAAACAAAGCAGCCUCCCACUCCCUCUGCACCUGUGAUCCUCUCAGAGGUGACAGGAAACACGGUCUAUCUGAAGUGCAGCUUUGUGAGCAGCUCCAACAGCUCCCUGGGUUACGUGGUGGCCUGGUCUCGCCUCUCACCUGAGGGCAGGAAGGAGGAGCUCAAACAGGAGACCACCAUCCAGACCUCUGCCUUCAUCGAGCUGGACGGCUUCAACCUGCGCUUGGGAGACAAGAUUUACUGCUCCUGCUCCAGCUUCUACUUAGACUCUCCUGAUGCUCACAGCGCCUCAGUGGAAAGCCUGGAGUUCUUUGCUGGGAUAAGGCUGAGACCAGAGAAGAGCAGUGUGUCUGAGGAUGGGAGGUUGUAUGAGUUGGUUGUUGAGAGCACAGUUCCUGUCCCAUGUCUGGAAGAUUCAUCUUCCUCUACAGAACAGUGUACACUUUCUCUGAGGCUAGGCACAAGCAGUAAAGGCGAGGCUUUUCUGGGAGCAGAUCUGUCUUUGUCCUCCUGUGAGGUGGAUCUGACCCGAGGCCCCUGCAGAGAUGGGGUCUGUAGCCGAGCUUUGAUCCACUUCAGCCCUGUCACUGACUUUGUCAAAGAUGACAACAAGACAACCCAGAUCUCUGUAAAAUCCAUCAUUACACAAAACUUUCUCUGGAACGGAUACUCACCAGAAUCAGUGGAGAUAACAGUACAGGAUGUCCCCUCAGCAUUCUGCUACUCCUUCACUGAUCCUCACAUCAUCACAUUUGAUGGCAGGCACUAUGAGAACUAUCAGAUUGGCACUUUUGUCCUCUAUAAGAGCAGUUUCUGGCCGUUUGAGGUCCAUGUUCGUCAGUGGGAGUGCGGCAGUGUUGUUCAUGCUGCCUCCUGUGUUUGUGGCUUUGUGGUGAGGGACAGCGGUGAUGUUGUCGCCUUUGACAUGUGCAGUGGAGAACUGGGUGAAACCAAACCUCACCUGUCUGUGAAGAACAGAGACUUGAGCAAGAGCGGCAUUCGCAUCACAGAAUCCUACCAGGGACGAAAAGUCACGAUGACCUUUUCAUCUGGAGCGUUUGUUCGAGCAGACGUGUCUGACUGGGGAAUGAGUCUGACAUUAAGAGCCCCUGGUUCAGACCGGGGCCACACCGAGGGCCUGUGUGGGACAUAUGAUGGUCAGCCAGACAAUGACUUUCAAUCAGUAGAGGGUGUUAUACUAGAGGAUCAGCACGCUUUUAUCUCUGCAUGGAGACUCCCUCCAGGCAGCAGCCUGUUUGACACCCUGCCAUCCCACCUGACUCCCUCGAGCACCCGCAGGUUCUGUAACUGUCAGACUGAGCCGCGCCCUUCAUCCCCCAGAGCCCGAUCUCAACAAGUCACCUCCUCUGCCUCCACCUGCUCUCAUCAUGGCAACGUGCGUCUCUCCGGUGUGAUCCCCACUCUGGAUGUCACAGCUGAGUACAUCAGCUCAGUGGAACUGCUCAGAGGUGACGGAAAUGACAGACAGCCGCUGCCUCCAGGACAAUCCAGCCACAUCACACAGAGUGGAGGUCGUGAUGCUCGGCAGCUUGAAAGAAGCUUCCUGUCUAGGGACAGAGCUUCAGUAUCAGCACGCCGGCAGCACAGAAGCAGGCGGCAGACCCACCGUUUUGUUUCUAACUCUCCUCAUCAAAGCCUCAGCCAGUCUGAUCUGGAGGGCUUCUCCUACUUUUUCCCAGAGGAUCAUGAAGCUGCAGUGUCGGCUGACUCCUCACUCACCUGGCCCACACCCUCCGGCCUGACCGAGCAGCAGGCCAGGUCUCAGUGCCAGCAGGCUGUGGCAAACUCUAGCAUGGCGUCAAGCUGCAGGCGUCUGUUAGAAGAGCCGAUAAUAAGCAGUGCUGUGGCUAUGUGCGUUAUAGACCUGCAGCUGAAGGAUGAGCUGUCAUGGCUGAAUGCAACAUUACCUCUGCUGGAGAACGAGUGUGAAAGGAGGCUGAUUGAAGAGAGGAGAAGAGAGGAGGAGUACCAGGAUGUUCUGUCUGUACUCAAGUGUCCAAAUCUGUGCAACUGGAAUGGCCAGUGCUCGGAGUGGGGAUGUGUGUGCUUCCCAGGGUUUGGCUCGUACGACUGCAGCGUGCUGGCUGACCAGAUCCCAGAGAUCUCUGAGCUGGAGAAGCAGGGUCUUUGUGACGUCCGACAAGGAGACUGCUCCACCGUCCAGAUCUACGGUCAGGGCUUCAAGGACUCCUACGAGCUCAAGUGUGAGUUUGUUAAAGAAAAGUUUGUAGAUGGAGAUUGGGUUCUGGAUGAGCCCCAGUUUGUCCGUGCAGUCUUUCUUGAUGUGACAGCUCUGGAGUGCCAGCUCCCCCUGCAGGACAGCCAGACUCCUGCAGAUCUGGACCUGGAACAAGUGAAAAACAGACCGCUGGCUCGCUGGCAGAUUAAAGUUUCAAACGAUGGCUACAGCUACAGUAAUGCCAAGAUCCUGACUCUGUACGACGGAGCCUGUCAGAUCUGCAGCCUGGACAAUGAAGUGCUCUGUACCCUCAGGGAGAAAACCUGCAACAUUGAGGGUCUGUGUUACAGCGAGGGGGAGUCCAAUCCCAGCAGCCCUUGUCUCACAUGCCGCCCUGACUCAUCCAAACACACCUGGUCUAUAGCAGAGAAGAACGAGCCCCCAGCCCUUCAGUCUUUGCCGCCUCACCUUCAGUCCUUCGAAGGAGAAAAUUUUAUUUAUCAGAUCCAGGCUCAGGACCCUGAAGGCUCUGCUGUACUCUUCAGCCUGGAAUCAGGUCCUGAAGGUGCUACUCUGUCCCCAGCUGGGCUGCUGAUGUGGACGGCCACAGCUAAAACUCCAGACACACACACCUUCCAGUUUAUUGUGAUAGACGACUGUAAUGCUGAGACCAGGUCGUCAGUACAGGUGUCUGUUCACUCCUGUGACUGUCUUAACGGCGCUUCCUGUGUGACCAAUGUCAACCUCCCUGCUGGCAGUGGGGAGUACCGCUGUGCUUGUCUGGAGGGCUUUAAAGGUGAAAGGUGUGAGGUAGACAUUGAUGACUGUAAACCGAAUCCCUGCAGACUGGGACGAUGCAUUGACGGACCCAACUCCUUCUCAUGUAUCUGCCCACCUGGAAUGACUGGCCGCACAUGUAGAGAAGAUAUAGACGAGUGUGCUUCUCAGCCUUGUUCUCCUGGAGUGGGCUGUAACAACACCCUGGGCUCCUUCAUCUGUGGAGUCUGCUCGCUAGGAUACAGUGGAGAUGGAAGAACCUGCACACAAUCUCCAGUCAAACCAGUGACCACACCAGUGAGAGUUUCAUCAUUUCCUCAGAGGCCCAAACCCUUGGGCCCGUCACCAUGCUCCAGGCGGCCGUGUCACCCAGGGGUUCAGUGUUUUGAGAGCACCCAUGUCUCAGCAGGGUUUGUCUGUGGACCAUGUCCUCUUGGCCUCCAUGGAAAUGGGCAGAUAUGCACAGCAACAGGUCAGGUCACCAAUGGAGCAGAUGGUCAUAUUCAUAUCCACAAAUCAAAUUCCAGCAGAGAAACCACUCCCACCUCCUCUUCAUCAUCUCCCACCUCACCCAGACGACCACUCCCUGAGAGGAGGAGUAGACCUGAGACCACCAUCUCCAGUAUCAGGAGGACAUCUUUCGGUGACAGGAGGACCACAAUAAUGCCACACAAUCAGACAGUGACUAGAGUGUUUACCCCCACCGUCCACAGAAAUCAGCCCAGCGGGAUGGAGCCAAACCCUGACCUAACCACAGGGACUCGAUGGGGGUCUCAGUAUGUGACCUGUGCUGACUCUCCUUGCUUCCCCGGUGUUCCCUGUGAGCCAACCAUCACAGGCUCCUUCAGGUGUGGACGCUGCCCUUAUGGAUACACUGGAGAUGGAGUUACAUGUAAAGCUGUGUGCAGGUAUCAGUGUGGGAGGAACAUGGAGUGCUCUCUGCCCAACACCUGCACCUGUAAGGAAGGCUACACCGGAUACAGCUGUCAUAUUGCUGUGUGUCGACCCGACUGUAAGAACCAGGGGAAGUGUGUGAAACCAAACGUGUGUGAGUGUCCUUUAGGCUACAGUGGGCCCACCUGUGAGGAAGCAAGCUGUGAGCCUCCCUGUCAACAUGGAGGCACCUGUCUGGCUAGAAACCUGUGUACCUGCCCUUAUGGCUAUGUGGGACCACGAUGUGAAAUCAUGGUGUGUAACAGGCACUGUGAAAAUGGAGGCGAGUGUGUUUCUCCUGACGUGUGCAAAUGCAAACCUGGCUGGUACGGACCAACAUGCAACUCAGCUCUCUGUAACCCAUUCUGUCUGAAUGGAGGAACCUGCAUAAGGCCUAACAUCUGCUCCUGUCCCAGUGGUUUCUAUGGCUCUCAGUGUCAAAUUGCUGUAUGCAACCCUCCCUGUAAGAAUGGAGGUCAGUGUAUGAGGAACAAUGUGUGCUCCUGCCCUGAAGGCUACACGGGAAAACGCUGUCAGAAGAGUGUUUGUGAGCCGAUGUGCAUGAACAAAGGCAAGUGUGUGGGACCCAACACAUGCUCCUGUGCUUCAGGAUGGAGAGGGAGGAGGUGUAAUAUACCUGUCUGCCUGCAAAAGUGUAAAAAUGGCGGCGAAUGUUUGGGACCAAAUACCUGCCACUGUCCCACCGGCUGGGAAGGUCUUCAGUGUCAAACACCGGUUUGUAAACAGAGGUGUCUGAAUGGAGGAAGGUGUGUCCUCCCUGACUACUGCCACUGUCGAAAAGGCUUCAAAGGACUCACCUGUGCAAUGAAGGCAUCACAGGUAUGAUGGCCAAGAUAUGCUGAACAGGAUGAAAGAAGCUACAAAAUGCACAAGGCAAGAAGAGAGCACCAGAAAGUGUUGUGUAUUUGUGAGAGAGAUUGUGUGCGUGUUUGUGAAAUUGGCUUGGGUGAGUGGCUCUGUGCACAUUUGAAGGCCAACAGAGGGACAUGAUGUAUUGCACUUGUCUGUUCGUCCCUGUAAAUCACUACCUCAAGGCUGAAAGAGACACACAUCUGUUAGACACAUCUGCAGUGAUACAGAGAUUUUAUACAGAGAUGUGAUACUGCACAGUAGUAUAAGUAAAGACUAAUGAAUCAGUGCUAGUGAUGAUUCAUUCAUACGCUGUGGAUUAUGAGGAAGCUUUUAGUGUUAUGUUUCACACAGUUAGCCAAUUUACUAUAGCCUGGUUUAACUUUUACCAAACAGAUGUGCACUGUUAGUUAAUUAUGAUAAAAUGCAAGUUUGAUUCACUAACUGCCUUAUUUAGUUGGUACCUAUAAGUUACUUAUUCUAGACUGAAAACAUUAAUAUAAAUCUGUUGAAAUUCUGCGUAUUUUUGUUUUCUUUCCUUAAAUAUUGUUUGAUUUUGCCCUGUUUAAGUUAUGGACUGUUGUACAUUUACACUGAUAUUAAAUACACUCACAAGCCACUUCAUUAGGUACAUCUGUUCAACUGCUCAUUAAUGCAAAUAUCUUAUCAGUCAAUCACAUGAGAGUGAACAAUGCAUUUUUUAUGCAUUUAUUUUAGAGAGGAGGUCAGUGGAUGAAGUCAGAAAUAGGGAUGAAAGAUUGGGGAAGAGACAUGAGGGAAAGGAGCUGCAGGCUGGACUUGAACCCAGCGUGCAUGGGGUGUGACCUAACUGCUAAGCCAUCUGUGCCCUAUUGUUUGCCUUUCUAUGAGCAUGACGAAUCAGGUCAUUCUCCCCUGACCUCUGCCACCAACAAGGCAUUUUGGCCUGCUCACCGGAUAUCUGCUCUGUUUUUCACCAUUCUUAGUAAAUCAGAGAGAUAGUUGGGUGUGAAAAUCCCAGUUGAUUGACAGGUUGUGAAAUACUUAAACCAGCCUGUCUGGCACCAACAACCAUGGCACGACCAAAGUCACAUAAAUCACCUUUCUAACCCAUUCUAAUGCAUAAUAUGAACAUCAACAGAUCAUCUCAGUAAUGGACUGGGAUUAAAAAAAAAAAAGCCCUGGUAUAUGCAACUCACCAGCCCUUUGAAAAAAACGUGUAACAC